AUGAACCAAAGUUUUGUAUCAUCUUCCAACAAUGAGAAACCAGGGGCUGCUAUUUCUCGUUGGUCACGGGCAACAGCUUGUGCAGCAAAGAUUGGAAAAGGGUUGUCCAAGGACGAAAAGGCUAAAGAACUAGCUACCGAUUACUGGCUAGAAGCUAUUGAUCCGAGCCAUCGUUAUGGUCGCAAUCUUUAUCUAUAUCAUGAUGCAUGGUCUAAUAGCCAGAGAUCACAACCAUUCUUCUACUGGCUAGAUAUGGAGGAUGGUAAAGAGGUUGAUCUCGAGGAGUGCCGUAGAAUGAAUUUACAAUCUCAAGUCAUUCAGUAUCUUGGACCCAAAGAGAGAGAAGCAUAUGAAGUGAUUGUAGAACGUGGGAAGCUUGUGUAUAGACAAAGUGGUGCAUUUGUCGACACUAGCAAAGGAAUAAAAUGGAUGUUUGUGCUUAGCACAUCAAGGAGUUUGUACGUUGGGCAAAAGAAAAGAGGCACGUUUCAGCACUCUAGCUUUGUAGCUGGAGCUGCCACGAUUGCUGCCGGACGAAUAGUUGCCCGUAAUGGACUACUCGAGGCUAUAUGGGCCUACAGUGGUCAUUAUCGCCCAACUGAAGAGCAUUUCACGGAGUUAAUUCAGUUCCUUGAGGAACAGCAUGUUGACUUGAGUAAUGUUCAGAAAGGGCCAAUAGAUGAUGAUGUUCCACCAGUUGAGAAAGCAAAAUCUGUAGACAAUACAAGUGCGCCUCCUUUAGAAAACUUUAUUCCUCCUGUUAACACUGAUAAUAAAAGUGGAGUUGUUCGUAGUAAUGUCAUCUAA